ACUUCAACUUUACCCAACAGAACAACAUUCAUCCGCAGACAUAAUCGCAUGUCUUGCGUCAUCUGCAGGUCAAGCCAUAGUAGAUUGCGGCCCAAAUAUAUUCAUUUGAGAAUUCUUUAUUUGCCCAUCGAGAUAGCUACAUAUACGCUACGACUGCUUAUCGUCGCUUUCAGUCAAAAUGGCGGACAACAACAAGCAGCACAAGUAUAGGCAGGAGAUCCAGCAGAUGAUGUACGUCUCUGGUGAGACGGGAGAACCUUCUAUUGAGACUACUGCUACAAUCGAGGAGAUUGUUCGACAGCAAGUCAUAGAAAUGCUGCGAAGCUGUACUGAACUGGCUACGCGCCGUGGCUCCCGAUCUAUCACCAUCAAUGACCUGAUAUUUCAAAUCCGCGACGAUGCGCCUAAGGUAUCACGUCUUAGGACAUUCUUAUCAUGGAAGGAUGUUCGCAAGAGCGCUAAGGAUUCUGACGACAAAGGAGGAGAAGCCGAUUUAGGUGUUGCUGACGACCCUGCUGGAGCCGUCAUGCCUGGUGGCCCCGCAGUAGAAGAGGCCGCCAAGAAAAACAAGAAGGCCAAAGUUAAGCUCCCCUGGGAGCCUUCCUCGUUCUAUGGCCAGGAAGUCCCGGAACGCGACGAGGAGGAAGACGAGGAGGAAGAGGAGAUGAAUUACAUCACGCUUCAACGACUGCGCAAAGCCGACGAGCGGACAAAGGCGAUGACUAGGGAGGAAUACGUCACAUGGUCAGAAUAUCGGCAGGCAUCGUUCACAUAUCGGAAGGGCAAGCGAUUUCGGGAGUGGGCCGGUUUUGGUAUCGUAACAGACAGUAAACCCUCAGAUGAUAUCGUGGAUAUCCUGGGUUUCUUGACCUUUGAGAUGGUCCAGACGCUCACGGAGGAGGCGCUCAAGAUCAAGGAGCAAGAAGACUUAUGGAAGGAACGGAGCGGGGGCGAUAACCCGGGCACCAAAAAGCGGAAGCUCACCCAAGGACUAUUCGAUCUACCUAGCGAAGGUAGGAUCCCUGUUGAAGCGCGCCACGUUCAAGAGGCUUUUCGGAGGCUCCAGACCCGACCGAAGAGAGCUCGGGCUAUGCUAAACGGGACAAACCUACAGCAGAGAACCAACUUGAAGCUGUUCUAAUGGAUUCACGGAGGGGAGCAAUAUCCAGUUAAUCCAAUUACGCUCCUAGUACGAAUCUUUCCUAGGGUUAUCAGAGUUGACGGAUUUAUGAGUUUAAUAAAUAGCGAAUACGGAAGACCAGCGACAGCGGAAAAGUCCUUGUGAGGAAUACCCAGGAGAAACGGCGUUUUAGGAGCUCCGAUUUUUAUUUAUUUUUAUUUAUUACGGCUUUUUUAAUGCAUUCAAACAUACGCUUUUCUCUAACGAAUUUUCUCUAACGAAUUAUAGGCGGUGAAAUCAUCAUUACUCGGUAGACUUGGAAUAAAUCUUUUUUUAUACAAAACUAUCGGCUAUAUCACCUUUAGUUCCGUGACAUAAGAGAGCUAUUUAAUAAUUCAUAUAUACAUAUACUUAGGUACUCAUAUAGGAAUACGAACAAUCCCAAUUAUCAAUUAUGAAAAUAUGAUGUGCUAUCUUAUUUAAUUAUGCAUUCCAACAAUUCGAAUGGGUCCCUUUUGGGCUUACGCCGACAACGGCGGGAAGCUACGGCGCCCGGCAUCGCCAUCGCUAAUAUAGUGGAGAU